UCAAAAGUCAAAUCAGAAUUCAAGAAUGGUGAAAUGACUGAAAUGGAAAUGUGAAUUUAGUUUUUUUUUAGUGAUCAAACAGCAAACUGCGAAAAAUGGCUCCUAAUUAUAGUAAAAUUGUAAAUAAACACAGGGUCCUAGCUGGAGCAGGGGCCCUUGGCACUAUUUUGUUCAUGGUAUUAAAAUAUAAGAAAAAUGCAAAAAUCAACAGGAAAAAAGCAAAGAAAGUACUUGAGGAAGAAGUUAAAUACUUAAUAGCUGAUAAAGGAGAGACAAAAAUAAAAGCUACGGUGGACAAAACAUUUUUUACACAAUUAGGUCAAUUAUUCAAAAUAGCUGUGCCAGGAUGGACAAGUCAGGAAAGUGGAUUAUUUUUUUUAAUAGCUGCCAGUUUGGUUUCUAGAUCUAUUUGUGAUCUAUGGUUGAUUAAUCAUGGUACUAAAAUUGAAAGUUCUAUCAUCGCUAUGGACCCAAACCUUUUCAAGAAGCGACUUCUCUACUACUUCGCCGCUAUACCAGUCAUUUCAGUGGUAAACAACGUAUUAAAAUACUCCAUAGGAGCUUUAAAAAUCCAAUUAAGAACAAACAUGACUCGACAUCUCUACGAACAAUAUUUAAAAAAUUACACUUAUUAUAGGAUAACCAAUCUCGAUAACAGGAUAUCGAAUGCAGAUCAACUUUUGACAACUGACAUUGAUAAGUUCUGUGAGGGCAUCACAGAUUUGUAUUGUAACACUGCUAAACCGUUGUUAGAUAUCGGUAUUUAUGUAUAUAAGUUGUCAACUACAAUGGGAGGCGGUACGCCUGGACUCAUGUUGGGUUAUUUGUUGGUGUCUGGAGUAAUAUUGACAAAUUUGCGGAAACCAACUGCUAGGCUAACUGCUGGUGAACAAAAACUCGAAGGGGAAUUUAGACAUAUUAAUUCAAGGCUCAUUACCCAUUCUGAAGAAGUAGCCUUUUACAAUGGCAAUGUAAGAGAAAAAGCAACGCUAAUGGCAAGUUACAACAAACUUUUGAACCAUUUGAGAAAAUUCUUGAGGUUCAGAGUUCUUAUGGGCAUUGUAGAUAAUAUUGUGGCAAAAUAUUUUGCUGGUGUGAUAGGAUUUUGGGCUGUGUCUUUACCGUUUAUGACUCAAGGUCAUAAAUUUUCGCAUUUAGAUACAAACGAGAGAUCGAGGGUGUACUACACUUACGGUAGAAUGUUAGUAAAAUUGGCAGAAGCUAUAGGACGUUUAGUAUUAGCUGGAAGGGAUCUGACACGUCUAGCUGGGUUCACAGCUAGGGUAACUCAAUUAAAAUCAGUAUUACAAGAAUUAAAUGAAGGAAAGUACCAACGUACUAUGGUCGCCGGUGCAGAAAGUCUCCAACCCAACGGAGGCAAAUUAAUAUUUAGGAAUAACGUUAUCAAAUUUAAUAAAGUUCCAUUGAUUACGCCCAACGGUGAUGUUUUGAUCAAUGAAAUUUCAUUCGAGAUCAAUUCAGGAAUGAACGUUUUGGUUUGUGGACCGAACGGAGCUGGAAAAUCUUCAUUGUUUAGAAUUUUAGGAGAACUUUGGCCUCUAUUCGGUGGCGAACUAACCAAACCGCCCCGCGGAAAGCUCUUCUACAUCCCCCAGAGGCCUUACAUGACUUUGGGUAGUCUCAAAGAUCAAUUGACUUAUCCGCAUUCUGGAUCAGAGGCUACAAGAAGAGGAGUUACGGAUGAUAAGUUGGAGGAGUAUCUAAAAAGAGUGCAAUUAGGGUACAUUUUGGAAAGAGACGGUGGUUUGGAUGCUGUAGCGGAUUGGUUAGAUGUCUUGAGUGGUGGAGAGAAACAGCGAAUUGCUAUGGCGAGGUUAUUCUACCAUCAACCUCAGUUUGCAAUAUUGGACGAAUGCACCAGCGCAGUAUCCGUAGACGUAGAGGGCAGUAUGUACAGAUAUUGCAGGGAAGUGGGUAUCACAUUACUGACGGUAUCUCACAGGAAAUCUUUGUGGCAACAUCACGAAUACGUUUUAAAGUUAGACGGCAGGGGCACUUAUAGUUUUGAACCUAUUGCAAAUUGUGAUGAGCAAUUCGGUUCAUAAUGACAAAGUUAUAGGAAAUGUUAGAUUUUUUUUUGUAGUUUUAUAUGAAAGAAAAAUAAGAGAAGGCAGUUUGAAAUAGUAUUUACUGGAGUGUGUUUAAGAGUUAUUUUACUACGUUAUUGAUAAUCAUUUAAAUGUCUAUAAUUUUCUGAGGAAACUUUUAUUUAUCUAUUUAGUUAGGCAUUUAUAAGCAAACUGGUAUUAAAAUACUAUUGUUUAUUAUUCGCGCUCAUAAGCAGCCAGUUACAAAUUGUUACACAAUGUUACCAGAUAUAAUCAGUUUUGAGUUUUUAUGUUUGUCACCUUGGCAAUAAAAUGUUGCAUAUUACUUGCAUACAACUCGAUCACCAUGCUAACAUCAACUCGUUGCAAGAUUAGUUUAAUCUGCAUUCGAUCGCCUAGGAUUUGUUUUCAAUACUAAAGAUUCAAAUCACUAGGAAAAUAGAAAUAUAAACAAACCUAUAGACUAUGACUUAUUGGGAAGCAUGAUGUUCUAAAUAUUUCAUAUGUGCGGGUUACUGAUAAAGCAGAUGGAGGUAAAGAAAACAACGUGCUUCCAGUUUGAAUAUUCUGCAUGAACUGAACUUUAUUUCUCUUUGGCAAUUGACAGUUUAUAAUUAGAGGAGGACAAUACAGAGUAGCGGUAACUGUUACAUAUUAUUUUGAUAAUAUUUAACACUCCCACUUAUCAAAAAAAUAUUAACGUUACAAAUUCACAAUUCCUAAAACGUUCAUAAAUUUACAAUGUUUAGCUGAGCAUAAACUUUUCGUUAAAUAAAUAUUUAAUUUCUAUAAACUUAUUUUGACUAACUUCCCUUACAAAAUGAUGUCGCACAUCAAUGUGUUUUGUUCUCUUAUGCAUCACUGGGUUUUAGGCCAAUUUUUGAGUACUUUGAUUAUCAUUAUAUAAAGUGAUACAACAUAAAUUACCUGUUAACUCAAAAAAUAAAUUUCUAAAAUAAGUUGCCUCUUUUGAAGCCUUAGUAAGUGCCAUAUAUUCAGCAUCUGUGCUACUUAAUCCCACAGUUUGUUUUUUGCUCUCCCAAGAAAUUGCAGAAUUAGACAAUUUAAAACAAUAUCCUGUAUAUGAUUUACGGUCUACCACAUUACCGCCCCAAUCAGCAUCUACAAAACCCUCCAGCUCUGCAUUUUCUUUAACAAAUUUCGAACCAUAAUUAUUACUUGCUUUUAAAUACCUAAGCAAUUUUUUUAAACAAUUCCAAUGUUCUUCAGAGUAACAAUUAUUGAAUCGUCUUAAAUAACUCACUUGAUAAGCAAUAUCAGGUCUAGUUAAAACUGCUAAAUUCAUUAAACUGCCAAUUAACUGUUGAUAGGGUACAUCAAUUUUAAUCUGAUCUGCUUUAGUCAGUUUUAAAUUAGUUUCCAUUGGUGUCGCUACCCCUUUACAAUCUAACAUAUUAAAUUUUUUUAAUAACUGAUCUAUGUAAUGCUUCUGAUCCAAAGUUAUAGCAUUUUUAGAUUUAUCCAUAGUCACCCUCAUUCCCAAACAUUGCUUAACUUGACCUAAAUCCUUUAUUUUAAAUUUAAAACUUAACUCAUGUUUUAAAUGAUUCAUUUCACUAAAAUUAUUGGAAAAAAUAAAGAAAUCAUCUACAUAUGUCAAAAGGCUGUCUAUGGUUUUCAUAUAUAAAUGUAAUGAAAUUCCUAAUCCGACCCUGUGCCUAAAGCAAGCGCGGCCUUCAGAAGGCAACCAACUCGUGCUCGAGGCGACGGAAUGUUCUGGGAAUGCCGCUGCGGCUCGAUAAACGGGUAGAACGGGCGAAGUGUGCCGUUGAGUCAGAGAUAGAAUUUUCGAGACGACCGUCUGGAGACUUCUAGUAGGAGUUGGACUUAAUAUAAAUAGCCGACUCGUCGGCGGACAGUUGAGUUUAAUAUAGAACAUUGUAUUGAAAAGUGUAAGAAGUAAAUUAGAAUUUAGUUAGUGUAUUAUAUAAAUUAAAUAGUACGUCUGAAAUAAAUUGUAAAUAGUGUGUUUUUAAAUAAAUAAAUUAGACUAUCGUCACAUUAUUAAAGGCGGAGUGAGAAAUAUAAUGUAAAAGCAUUAGUAAUAUUUUAUUUUAAUAGAAAAUCAUACAUAACACUUUAAAUAUGGGAAAUUUUACGAUGUAAUUACGAGAUAAAUUUAUUGAUCUUGUAUCAUUUACACGACAUAAAACAAGUUACAAACAUAGUGUGCACAUAAGGUACAAUGAGUUGAUAAAUAAUAAGAAUAAGCUAAAAAUUAUCUUAAUAAAAACUUUAAAUAGUUAACAAACAUUUAGUACAGAAUAAAAUUACAAAAUAAUAUAAAAUGACAGAAUAAAAUUAAGAGUACAAUAAAUUAUUGUUUAAAUUAAGUGUUACUGUUCCAACCAAUAAAUUAGUUUAGAGAAUAAAAAUAAUUUUAAACUAUAGAGACGUCAAAAUGCAUCUUUUUUGGCUAACCCGGCAAAAUGACUAGAAAUAGCUAGCCAGUAAAAUAAUCGCAUUAAUUUGCCGCCAGAUGGUGCUCCACAGUUCCUUUCAUAAUUUAUUAUUAAAUUAGUUUUGUUUCAUUGUUUAUGAAGAAUAGAAACUUGUUUGUUCUGCUACAGGUUAUGUGUUUAGUGAUAUCAUCAGGCGUGGAUCUGCGAAGAUUUUUCGGGGGGGGGGGGGGAGGGGUAGAUAAUUUUAUCAAAGAAUCAUUCGUUUAUUUAAAAAAAAUAACAAAAAUACUGUACGCCAGCCUGUGCUUCUCUAUUCUUCAUUCGUCACAGUCAUCUUGUCUUUUUUUGCUUUCUCGUAAAAUCUCCUUGUUUUUAGAUUACAAUUUAAUAAAUUCCUGAAUUUGUUCGAGCAGCUCGGGGGGGGGGGGGGUAAUUACCCUAUUACACCCCUCCCUGUAUCCGCGCCUGAGUGAUAUUUAUUUAUGAUUGAAGUAGAGUAGACAAGUUGUAGUUAUUUUUCAAAAUAAAUUUUAAAGAUAGGUCACAUGCUGUAAUAGUCAUUACACAUAAUGUUGUCUAUGUUGCCGUUAAGUAGUUAAUAUAUAAAUAAUUUCUGGCAGUCUGGUGUCAUUUUCUAAAACAUUUGUCAUUUUUGUGGUUGGUACCAAUGCAGACUUGCUUAUUUAAAUUCCAAUUUCUUUUGAAGAAGCAAUAAUCAUUUCAUUUUAGUGUAGGGUAAAGUUUUCUGUCGGUUUCGAAUAAAAAAUAGUUUGUAAACCACGACAGUAAAGUGGUUUUCAAGGCCUCGCAGUGUCCAAGCUCGGCUUCGCUUCGCCUGUCCAUAUUUUUACUCGGCCUGGAAAAGUUCACUUUACUGCCUAGGUAUACAAUAGACUAUUUUCUCGUUACAACUAUUAUAGUUGUAUAGUGUUUAUUAGGAAAGUACGCAAUUGAUUUUGAAGUGUGACAGCAGUGUGAAGCAAGCGUAGUAGAUGUAAAUACUGACUAAUUCACAAAAAGCAUGCUCGCUCAUCAGAUAAACAUACUCGCACAAACUAUCCCCACACCAAUUAACAGCUGUCUCCUUCUUUCUAAUGCGGCAGCCUAUGUGACAGCUCUGUCUGCUUAAUAAUAAACAAACACAUUCUGAAAGAUGGCAAUAAAGAAGGGCUUAAUUAUGAAUGAAUGAAUUAGUCUAGUAAUUAGAUUAAAAAGUGGUUUGAUAAAAAAAUGUAUUAUAGAAUUACUGAUAUUGUUUUUGGUAACUCUCUUGUAGUAGUAUGCAGCAGACUGCGGUUUUUUUUAAACAAAAAUUAAAAUAAAAUUUUUCUUUUUGUGGGUCGAUUCUACUUAUUGUAAUCGUCAUUUUGCAGGUGACAGUCAACAGUUUUCCUCACUUUCGGUAUCACUCAAAAUACAUUGAGACACUCCAGUAAUUACUAAAUCAGCCAAAAUAUGAGGCCGCAAUUUUAAAAAUCAUAAAAUUUAAGUAUGACUUUUAAUUAAUUUUUUUUAAGCAUUUUUAUGCAUACAUCACUUUUAUUACAUCACAGUUGUUAUUAAUAGGUUUUCAUUAAUUCUAAUAAAAAUAAAAUUAUUUCAAUUACCCACAAUGUUUGAGUGGCAAAAAACUUUAAUUCUUAAGUAAAUUUAUGUUACGUUUACAUGUAUAUAUUGUUAAAUAUUUAUAAAAAAAAAAACUUAAUAUAGUAAGAUCAAAAACGAUUUUAAAUGCAAAUGUAUUUAUUUUAACUUUUCCACAUGGUUGUAGAAAUUAGUAUUUUUCAUAUUUAUUACAAAGGCAGUUUUUCUGAUUGAGGACAAAUUCCACAGUAACUUUUGAAUUGACAAUUGAAAGUAUAUUUAGUUUUUUUUAAAUUAAAUAUAUUUUACUUUCUUUUUUAUGUAGCUACAAUUCUAUAUAAUUUUUACGAAAAAAUGUAUAUACAGGGUGUUUAAUUUGGAAACGGACAUAAUUUAUUUUUCUUAUACAUGUAUGAGUGUAUAAUCAAAAUAUUUGUGAAUAGUGCAUAAUUUGGAAUUCCAUCAAUUAAAUAAAAUCACAAUUCAUCUCUUUUAAUAUUUAUAUUAUUAAAUUUCCCAUUUUAUUUUCAUCCAUUCAAAGUGUUUGGAACAAUUUUCUGCAAAUAGAUUAAAUUAGUUAUAACGUAUUUAUAUAUUUUUUCCUGAUACUAUAUUCAUGCGACCUUGUAGACAAUUUAUUUAAAACAAAAACUCAAAAAUAAUAAAGAUACAUAAGUUAAAAAAAAAACAAUUUAGAGCCUGUGCAUCAACCUGUAGUUUUUAGACAUUUCUUUCUCAAAUAGGUGGAUCGAUCAAAAUGGCACUAGUUGUGUAGCCACCGGAGAUCACCAGAUUUAAAUCCUCGUGAUUUUUCUUGAAUGAAAGGCGAUGGAUAACUUACACAAUAUUUAAGUUAGACAAGACCGCAUCAGAUGGAGUUUGUAGUAGAUUAUUGAUUCUUUUUUUUUUUUUUUUUUAAUUUGGUGUCAUCGGCGUCGACUACUACGGCCAUUAGCAUCGUGUUCUGUGUAGGCUUUGUUACUGUUUCCCAGCGCCACUUUAGGAACAGCACUGUUAAUUAGAACCCAACAGUGAAUGGUCGAGUGGGGAAUCCUACCAAGGCAUCAGAAUUAAUUUUAAAUAAUUAAAUUAAAUAAAAAAAUCCCGGCCAACGGUGGGAUUCGAACCUGAGACCUUCCGAUCUCAAAGUCAUGACUCUAACCACUGAGCCAACCCAUUCUUAUUUUUAAGAUUGUUAUUUGAAAAUGUUUAUAUAUAAUUAAAACAGAAAUAUCAACUCAGAUAUCACCCUGUAUACAAAUACCUUUUUAUUUCGCUUUUUGUCUUUUUAAUUUUUACCAAUCAUAAUUAAAGUAAAUUUACAACAAAAUUUGAGAUUAACGAAUAUUUUUUAGAUCUUCCAAUAUAGUGUGUCCUUAAUAGCGCAUUCACAGUUAACUUAUAUUCGUUUUGAAACACCCUGUAUAUUGACAUUGGAUAAUAAAAUUCAAAUUACAUAUACAAGUUGUCAAUAUUUAUCGAAAGUUAAGUGAUUUGUGACUUAUUUUUCUCUAUAAUUUUCUUAACAAACUGCCACAUGACAUUUUUUCUAAUAUGGUAAUAAAAUUGGGGAAUCUCAAUUUUUCAUACAAAUAUUCUUGCCUAUGUUCUCU